CAGCUAGUUAACGGAGAAGGUCGCGCAGGAGGCGAAGCGACGGAGACAGCAGUUCCCAGGCAGCGGUUGCAAGCGGUGCAAUAUUUCCUCCGCGGCGUCUCUUCGAAAGCUCUCUUGGGGGAAAAGUGGAUUUCUUGAUUUUCGGGUUCAACAAGGCCUUCCAACAUGGGCGGAACUGCUUGUUGUCGCGACGGGCGAUGCUGUGGGUGCUGCUCCCUUCGCGCCGGCGCUCUGGCCAUUGCUAUUCUGAACCUGUUGGUCUCCAUUGUUGGUGUUGUGUUAGUCAUAUACUUCUCUAGCAGAGGAGGCUCUGUGCAGUGGGUAAGGCUCGCCAUCCACGUUAUUCAGCUGAUUUUCAACUGUCUGCUCAUCCAUGGCAUCCGGAAGGAGCGCAAGGGCUUCGUGAUGGCGUGGGUCUGGGUGAUGACCAUCAUCGUCCUCGGCACGGUCAUACUAUGCGUCAUCGAGCUAGUCAAGAGGGAGAACCCCGCCGGAGACCACACGCCCUUGGUCGUCCUCAUAGCCUCGGUGCUCAACGGGUUUUUCAUCAUUGUUGUCAGGUCGUACGGUCUGUCGAUUAGUGAUCGACGCGGUGAAGCUUAAGAAAACAAAACAUCGGAGAGUGGAAGCUAAAUUCUUGUUGAUGAAGAAGUUGAUAUAGAAAACGUUUGUUUUCGAGUGACAGAUUAACUUUUAUGCAACGAAAUCAACUAACAUUAGCUUUAAGCUGAAAGAAAAGUGAUAAAUAACAUGUGAUAUGUAUAAUAAAAAUCUUGCACUGAAUUU